UUCGGAGAGGAAAGAAUGGCGGAUUCGAGCAGCACCGCAGCGGUCGGGGCCGCGGGCUCCAACAGCGCCGCUGCUGCUGCCGGGGCGGCGGGCACUGUUGCGCAGGAUGUCGCGCCCGGAGCCGCGGGACCCAAGCCCGUGUCCGAGUCCGUGAAGGGCCAGCUAUUCGACGUGGGCCCCCGCUACACGAACCUGUCGUACAUCGGGGAGGGGGCGUACGGAAUGGUGUGCUCUGCCAUGGACAACGUGAAUACCUCGCGCGUUGCCAUCAAGAAGAUCAGCCCCUUCGAGCACCAGACGUACUGCCAACGCACACUGAGGGAAAUCAAGAUCCUGCUGCGUUUCCACCAUGAGAAUAUCAUCGGCAUCAACGACAUUCUCAGGGCACGGCAACUCGACAACAUGAGGGAUGUCUACAUUGUGCAGACCCUGAUGGAGACGGACCUCUACAAGCUGCUGAAGAGCCAGAGGCUGAGCAACGACCACGUCUGCUACUUCCUCUACCAGAUCCUAAGAGGCCUCAAGUACAUUCACUCAGCCAACGUGUUGCACCGUGACCUCAAACCCUCCAACCUGCUCAUCAACACCACCUGCGAUCUCAAGAUCUGUGACUUUGGCCUGGCGAGGAUAGCCGACCCUGAGCACGACCACACAGGUUUCUUGACCGAGUACGUGGCCACGCGUUGGUACAGGGCUCCAGAAAUCAUGCUCAACUCCAAGGGCUACUCUAAGUCCAUAGAUAUUUGGUCAGUGGGCUGCAUCCUGGCUGAGAUGUUGUCCAACAAGCCGAUCUUCCCUGGGAAACACUACUUGGACCAGCUCAACCACAUACUGGGCGUCCUCGGCUCCCCGACUCCAGAAGAUCUGAACUGCAUCAUCAACAUGAAGGCGAGGAACUACCUGCAGUCCCUGCCUGAGAAACCCAAGAUCCCCUGGGACAAGCUCUUCUACAAGGCCGACUCAAAAGCUCUGGACCUGCUGGGUCGCAUGUUGACCUUUAAUCCCAUCAAGCGCAUCAGCGUGGAGGAGGCCCUGGCUCAUCCUUACCUGGAGCAGUACUAUGAUCCCACAGAUGAGCCGGUAGCGGAGGAGCCCUUCACUUUCCAAAUGGAGCUGGAUGACCUUCCCAAGGAGAAGCUGAAGGAGCUGAUCUAUGAGGAAACGGCUCGUUUCCAGGAACACUACCAGGGCUCCUGAGACACACAGCCCUAAAGAGUGACAACACCACGCAGAGGCUCGGAACAAGAAGACUCCAAACAACAUGCUAAAACCAAGAAAACAAAAACAAAAAAUCUUCAAGAAACCAACAAAAAAGAGAAAACACAAACAUUUAACUGCUUAUCUUUCCAUUUCUACUGCAAGAGAGAGCUAAGUUCCACUUUGAUUUCUGUGGCUGGGUGGGGUGGGUGGGGUCUGUCGUACUCGUACUGGUUUGGUUCUUCUCCCGUGUUGGACUCUUCCUCUGUGUUUUGUUUCCCAGUCAAACGCCUCACCUCGUCCCAUCUGCAGUCACGGCUCUUCUCUUCUCUUCUUCUGUACCGUUUGUUCAUCCUUCACCUGUCGCUGAUCUGUCUUUCCUCUCUGUCGCCCCCCCCCCCCCCCCAUAUAAAAUCAUACUACUGUAUUAACCAACACCAUAACUCUCUCGUCUCGGCUCCAUGUAAAUCGCAACCUGGGUCAAAGUCGAGGGCUAAAAGAACAGGGAUGCUUAUCCGGUGUGAGUAUGUAUAUACAAAAAAAAAUAUAAAACCUUCUCUUAUUUUUUGUUUUUUUCGUCGUUGUUUUAUUAAGUGUGCUUGUCGCGGUUUUCGUUUGUACACGACGUUGUUUGAGUGUUUUCGGAUCAGUUCAGAGUCGUAAUGUUUGUGUUGGGGUUUAUAUUUGCAAGUCAUUUUUUUGAACACUUGAUUCUGAGACAAACAUUCAGUGUUUUUAUCGGCAUGUUGGCAGGUUUAUAGAUUUCUUUGUUGUCGCUCUUUUGGGAUUUUCUUUUGUCUUUUUUAAAGGAAAAAAAAAACAAAACUGUAUGAUGUUUAUAUGAAUGCAUGCAUUCCUGGAAUUUACCAAAGUGGCAGAGAGACGUGGGGAUCUUGGCUGGGGAGCAUAUAUAAGAAAUAUCAGUUUUUAGCCGUAACCACAUUUCUUGACCUACAACUCGAAUCAAGGGCCGAGAAACGGAUGUGAAACGGUUGUUUUCAGGAGGUUCUACGUGUUUGGAGCAAAUCAGAGCAUCAAAUAGUUUCUACGAUCAAGUGUUCUUUCAGAUAUUACAACUGUGAUGCCUAAGCCCCAUUUUCCAGAACGUUCAUGGAGCUCUGUGCCAUGUCGAAACAUUUAAUUCCCCCCCCCCCAAACAUAUUGUAAACACCAAAAGUGUAAUGAUCAGUACCGACCGGACAAGAUGCAGAUGUUUCACAGAAACACUGAUGUACAACACCGGUGUAACAGUACUGUGCUCUCCACGUUCUGCAGGGUAACAUCCCUUGUUCAUUAAAUACAGCCAACACCAAACAGCUGAUCCAGUGUCAGUAUUACAUUCCUAUAUCAAAUUACAUUCCUGUAACACACGCAGCGGCUGACUGGUGAACUGCUGGUGUCAUGAAACCCCUGGAGAGCCCCCCCUGUGGUUUUCACUCAGCCUGUCUGGAAAAUGGGGGUCUGGUUGACUUUGGCCUUUCCCAUUGUGCGAUGCUGUCUGGUGGAGGGAGGGCUUUGUUCUCCGGCUGGGACUUCGCUCAACAGCCGAGGCCCCAAUCUGAACAAACUCAGUCCCCAUGAAUUCAAGCGGCCAUUUUUAUUUUGUGGUUCUCUGGGCCCACGUUCCUUUUUGUCACGGCAGACGUUUUGACUUGUCAUACAAAGGAAAAAAGCACACGUGAAAAUUCAGAUUUAGCCGGAUAUCAAACGUCCCAGUUAAUCAAUCGUGCCAGUAAGCUAUCGCACACACACACACAGUCACAGGACCCCAGUAGUCGCUCAUCUGAAUGGAAUGCCCUCAUUAUUAAUGUUUACGGCUAUAACGCGCCAGAAUGUCUGCUGCGGUCAGAGGCCUGUUGAUGCUGGUGUUGAAUGUAACUGGCCUUCGCUUACUGGACUCUCCUCAGUUGUGUCCAUUGACAUGAAACCGCACCACUACUGAGAAAACUGUGCACGUUACUGAUUUUAAUCGAGAGCUGUACAGUUACUCCUGCUCACAGCCGAGCAGCCAUCAUCACUUCCUGGUUGUCCCGUAUACAUAUAGCCCAGUUUGCUCCUAUCUGCGUGUUUUUAUUUCCUGUGCUCCUCUUCCUUCCUCCCUUUGCCUGUGUGCGUGUAUUUGUGUGCGUGUAUUUGUGUGUGUGUGUGUGUGUGUGUGUUUGUGUGUUUUCCUGGCCACCCGUUAACAUGCAGGAUGUGUGUUCUGUAAAGCGGGUGAUCCAGUGUCUGACGUAUCAUUGUGUGUGUGUGUGUGUGCACAAGUUGUUCUCUCUCUGUGUUCAUUGUCUCUGUCAGUUUUCAGCGUCUGCUCCCUGCUCUCCGUGACCGCUCUACUCGCUGCUCGGUGGACCUCCACCCACGGGUCCACCAGCUCCACCUGCACUAAUCUUUCUGCCCGUUGCACUGGGACCAGUGUAUAGACCCAGAUCUGGAGCGCUCACUGGCCUCGCCCUCUCUCCCAGGGCUGUUCUUUCAGAAGCCAUAGCCACCACUCUGGGAUCGUCGUGAGGCUUUAUGGUGCAUGUGGCGACGCACGUCUUUUUGUAGUUCAACCCCCCCCGACCCCCCCCCCAUGCUUUACUAUUAGGGGAAAAAAAGGGCUGCCCCCUCUCCCUCCUCCCCUGUCUGCGUUUACGUCCUCGCCCAUAUCUGCGUAUCUACUGUGGGACGGGGGAAAGACCCUCUGACCCACGUCACUGACUCUGCUGUCCCUCUCCUCCAACGCCCCUCGUCUCUGAUCAGGGACAUGGUCAUAACGAGCAGGACAUCCCGCUCCGAUCACAUGACUCAAUCAGCACGCCAGCACUUUGUCUCUGCAGCCACGCUCUGACUCCUUCGAGGUUGUUUCGAAUGGGCCUCUCCUUCCCUUCCUGUCUUGUAUCCUGCUCAUCCAGCUUUAAGUUUCACCUGCAGUGUGUGUGUGUGUGUGUGUUAAGACGCAUGGACUGUCUGCUGUAAUUUAUGUCCGUGUAAAAGUAUUUGUAUUUUUGCUUCUCAGUAACAUAAAGCCAAGGCUCUUUUUGUGUAGUGUGUGUGUUGGUGGUGUGUAUUUUCUCCUCGCAGCUUGGGCCCUCUCCCUGCAGCUCUUUGCUUUUGCAUCUGUGCGACUGUUUUUUUUUUUUGUUUCUUCUUCUUUCCCCACAAAGAACAGUCGCACAGAUAUUUUCUCUGCAUUUUUCUUCUGUACAGUUGUUCACCAGUCAAACAGGACCUGCUUGCUUUUUGUUUUUUGUUUUGUUUCUCUCCCUCCGACCUGCCACCAGAACAAACAUCUCACUGGGUAACUGUAGGAAUGAACUGAGAGGACCACGUUGUUGCAAUCACACACACACACACACAGACACACUCUCUCACACACACACUUCCUCUCUUCGCCUGAGGAGUGUAUCAGUGUGAAAAGUUGCACUUAAACACACCGCAUACAUUCACACAGUAUCAACAAGUCUAAAGGCCCGUCUGUCAUGAGGCCUGUUUGCAGAUAUUGUUGUUUUAAAUGGCUGUUCUUAUUAUUGCUAUUGUCGUUAUAUUGGUGAGUUGUUGUAUUUUUCUUUCUUUCUUUUUUUUUUUUUUUUACAUAAAAGGGAGUUAAAGUUUAAUCUUUUCUUUUUUUUAUUAUUAGGAUGUUUUUAUUUGUAUUUCUUCUUCCUUGUUUCUCUUACGGGCUUGACUAUUGGCAGUGUUUUCAAUCUUUCGGAAACCUAGGCUGUUUUGUUUUUGUUUUUUUUAUUUCUCCAAGAUCUUACAAGAAAUUAUUUUAAAAGAAGAUAUAAGUAGAUUGUCAAAGAGAUAUGAGUUAUUAUUGAGGGUUAUAGUCUGUAUAUUCUAUGGGUAUUAUGAAUUAAACGAUUAACAAAGAAACAGAAUUAUAUACAUAUAAUUAAAUAAAAAUUUCCUGAUACUGUUA